GAUGACGCAAAGUCGAUGAUGGCGUCCAGUUGUUCCGUCGCCACCUCGAAGGCCGAAAGCCCAACGCGUUUGCGUGUGUGUGUGUGAGUGUGUGUGAGCAUUAAACAAUGUCAAAGUCGAAUCGUCUUGUAAAUUAAAAAAUCAACAAGCGUUUUUAGGUUUUUUUCACGUGACACAGUUUGAUGCUAUUUUGUUUAUUUUGAUUUUCUCUGCUCUAUACAUAAAUCGCAUAACAGAGUGCUUCGUAUUUAGAUUACUUGUUUUUCUGCUGAGCAAAUCAUGAAAUUUGCACUACAGAAGUGCCUAUUUGCAGUGAACUUAGUGUCUAGUAGGUGGUGCGACCAUGGUUCGCGCAGUAUCCGGAAGUUGUGUUCCGCGGUAAAGCCAACCAGCAGUUGCAACAAACUUCAGCUCCCUCCAUACCUGACCCUACACGGCCAAUGGCCGCAGGACGACCGCGAACAGUUCCUCGCCGGAAUGACGGUGUUUCAGGACUUCAUUACGGAAGCGGAAGAGCAGGCGCUGCUGCAGGAAAUCGAACCCUACCUCAAGCGAAUGCGGUAUGAGUUCGACCAUUGGGACGAUGCCAUCCACGGCUAUCGGGAAACGGAACGGAAGCAUUGGUACCCGGCAAAUAGAGCGAUAUUCGAUCGCGUGAAGCAUCUGGCCUUUCAGGGCGAGACUUUACCUUAUAUUCAUGUCCUGGAUCUGACCAAAGAGGGUGUCAUAAAGCCACAUGUCGAUAGUUACUGUGGAAGCACUAUCGCAGGAAUCAGUCUUCUGUCGGAUUCGGUGAUGCGACUUGUCCGAACAAACGACGAAGAACAAACCAAUGCGGAAUAUCGACAAAUUUUUGCUAGUCAUCGCGGUGAUAAACAUUGGUCCGAUGUAUUCCUCGCCAGACGGUCUUUGUACAUUAUGAAACAUGCCGCUCGAUACAAAUUCACUCACGAAAUAUUGGCGGGGGAUGACUCCGUAUUUCAAGAACGAAAAGUUGACAAAGAUCGCCGUAUUUCCAUCAUCUGCAGGAACGAUCCCUGACCAACCGGAUAAACUUUUUUUUUCUUUCCUUGUAAAUAAACCUCGAUGAUUCAGUUUAGAACAA